AUGGCCCCUGAUAACACUGUCCUCGCCGCCGAUCAACGGCCGCCGAUCGAUCUCCUCUCGGACGACAUUCUCUGCUCAAUCCUUCGCGAAAUUGCAUCGGACGGCUCGAGUUUUUCGUACGCUUUGGUCUGUCGCCGAUGGUUCCGCCUCGCGCUCUGCGUGCAGUCCGCCAUACGCCUUCCCCGCGAUCGCUGCCUCUCCGCGCGCGCGCUUCUUUCCGCCUCCGCGCGCUUCCCCCAACUAACAGCCAUCUCCGCGCCUGACGGCGCUCUCGGGUUCAUCCCCCGCCGUUUCUUCACGGAUCUUACGGCGCCUUGUCCGGAACUGACUAGCCUUCGCCUCGGCCAAAGGAAAGUUAAGAUCGGUUUCCGAAGCAGCGAGGAACCAAGGCGGACACCGCCGUAUGCUAAUUCACGGCAGCGAGGCUAUUUCCGUAUGGAGUCGAUUUCUGUUCCGUACGUUAAGGAUGGAUAUUUACAGUCGCUGAUCAGCUUAUUGCCGAAGCUGAAGGUGUUACACUUGGAAGAAUGUUUGAAAGACGUUAUGUGGUUACCACAAGCGAUGGCUAGCCAUGGCUGUCUGGAGCAGCUGCUGCUGAAAUGCUCCUCCCUGACCUCCCUCACACUCCCUCCGCCGUUCGAUCCCCCUGACAAUAUCUCAUUCCCUAAUCCCCUCACGCCUCCUAGUUUCCUCGAUUCCCCUUCUAGCACCCCCUCUCCGUCACGUGCCUCUGGAACCACCGCGGGCAAACUAACCGACCUCCACCGCUUGGCACUCCCCCUCUCUCUCCGCCAUCUGCACCUACAAUGCCCUUCGUUACAGUCACUCCCGGACUCCAUCACCCUCCUCUCCUCCCUCACUCACCUCAGCCUCGUUUCCUGCUCCUCCCUCCGUCUCAUCCCUCGCUCCAUCAGCAAUCUCUCCUCCCUCACCUCCCUCACUCUCGACAACAUCACCCUCUUCCACUCCCUCCCUCACUCUCUCGGUUGCCUCUCCUCCCUUCUUUCCCUCCACCUAUCCUCCCUCUCAUCCUGCACCACAUUACCACAAUCCAUUGGGGAUCUCCACUCGUUACAAGAACUCUCCAUUAGUAACUUAGUCGAGCUAAGGGAACUACCGCCGUCCCUCUUCGGCCUCCACUCCCUCCGCCGUCUCACUAUCACGGAUUGUAAUGAUCUUAUUACGCUGCCCGAGAAUUUCGGUCAGCUCGAAAGUCUCGAGGAGCUAACCAUACAGCAAUGCCAUUUUUUGGAGCGUCUACCUGCUUCUUUCUCCUCCCUCUCCUCCCUCACCCAACUGACCAUCAACGACUGCACCUCUCUCACUCGUCUCCCAUUUGCGCUUGGCCUCCUCUCCUCUCUCAAAUCCCUCGAACUAUCUGACCUCGUCGUCCUCUCCUUUCUCCCCUCCUCACUCUCUCGCUUGAGCCACCUCACCCUCCUGUCGCUUGACAGCUGCGACUCCCUCUCCUGGUUCCCGCCCUCUCUCUUCCACCAGCCGUCCUUGGAGUAUCUAACAAUAACCAACAUUAAGCAACCUGUUCUCUACUCCCUCCCUCCUGACUUUGGCCACCAUUUACCCCGUUUGAAAAGCCUCCGUUUAAAGGAGUACAAUAUUAUUAUGGAGAAUCAGCCGCAUCUCAAGGCAUUACCUCCCUCGCUCCCCCAGCUGGCAUCCCUUGAGCUUCUCUCCCUCGCCUCCUUCGCCCACCUCUCUGCCCUGCCAGAAGACAUCUCCCGCCUCUCUUCCCUCCACACUCUAGAAAUCAAGGGCUGCUCCUCACUCACGCAUCUCCCACCAUCACUCCCCUCCCUUCCCUCCCUUACUCUCCUCCACAUUGAUGGUUGCCCUUUCCUCUCCUCGCUCCCCCCCUCCCUCAGUUCCCUCUCCUCCUUGCAAGAGCUUAAGAUCAAUUGCAAGAGGCUUCUGUCUCUCCCUCACUCACUCCCCCUCCUUCCCUCCCUUCGCGUUCUCCAUCUCACCUCAUGCCUCUCACUCUCCUCCCUUCCUCCGAACUUCUCCCGCUUAACCUCCCUCCACACACUCUCUCUCUCAGACUGUCCCACGCUGCACCACCUGCCGACCUCUCUCCCACUCCUCCCGUCUCUCCAUACCCUCUCUCUCUCCGGCACCAGUGUCAUAGAGCUGCCCUUAAAUUGUGAAUCUCUGCUUGAUUUGCCUCCCUCUCUCACCCUCCUCCUACACCUCUCCCAUCUCACUCUGCAAUCCCUCCCCCUCCUCUCGUCCCUCCCCUCACGCAUACACCACCUGCCCUCCCUCCAGGAACUCACGAUUCAUGGCUGCCCUGCCAUCUCCUCCCUCCCCCCAACGAUCCUCCUCCUCCCGUCCCUCACACACCUUGAACUAAACGAGCUUGAUUCUCUCACCUCCAUCCCCUCUCCCCCUGUCCCUGCAUCCUCUGCCCUGUCUCCCACAUCCUCUCGCCCUUCCCAGUCCCCUCUUCCACCCUCUCGCCCCUCCGCGUCCUCCUCGCCCCCACCUCGCAGCGCUCAUUCUUCCCGCUCCACGGGCUCUCGCUUCCCAAUCCGCUCCAUUGUUCUGCGCUCCCUGAGGCUGGUCUCGCUCCCCUCGUGCCUCCCGCUCCUGCCCCAUCUCACGUCUCUCCACCUGUUCGAUAUGCAACAGCUGCGCUCAAUCCCUUCUUCCUGCUACACCUCUGCUGGUGGUGGUGGUGGUGAUGAUGAUAUUGAUGAAAAUGAUGCUGCUGCGUCUGAUGAUGAUGUUGGUGCUGCUGCGGGCACAGAGCGAGGGGUGGGGGGUGAUGGUGCGGAUGAGGAGGAGAGUGACAGUUCUGAGAGUUGGGGAGAGAGUGGGGAGGACGAAGCAGGAGGAGAGGGAAGUGAGAGAAGCAGGGAAACUGCGGAGGCAGGAGGGUUAGAACUGGGAGGGAAUGGCCGAAGUGGAGGGUACAGGGGGUGCAUGGGGGAACGAGGACUGGCUGAAGUCUCACAGGAGAGGGGGGCACAUGUGGGCAGGCAGAAUGUGCGGGAAGCAGCACGAGGAAAGCAGCAAUCGGGGUUGGGGGAACAGGGCUGUGAUGGCGAUGCUGCUGGGGUGGAAGCUAGUGAGGAAUCGCGGCUUGAGACCAACCCAGGGUCGUCUACAAUGGCACGCAGCGCUUUUGCCGCCCUAUUGAUGACAUUGUUCGUCACAGCCCUCAUGCUACGAGCAACCGACGCCGUGAGGAUCGUUCCCGGCGCACUCCCCACCAACCGCCUUCCAGCCGCCAUCAAGCCCUCCGAAGUAGUCUCUGCCCUUAGACAAAACAUAUCCACGUCUGUCAAUUCCAUACUCUUCGACCUCCAGUCGUCCUUAAACGACCAAAUCGCUUCUCUAGAUGCGGCAUUGAGGGGAAGGCUUGAGAAGCUCGCAGCGAGCCUCAAGGACGGUGCGUCAGCUGCAAACGCCGCUCUUCAAUCACAGAUAUCCGCGCUAAGAUCCAGCCUCGCUGCUCUUAAAGAGAGCCUUGCAAACGUAAAUACUGCCCUAAAGGCGAAUGUGUCUACAGCCGCAGCGGCAGCGGCAGCCCUGGAUUCUCAAGUCGCAGCGAUCAAGGCCAACAUUCCCUCCAUCAAAUCGAGCGUCGACGCUCUGAACAAGGACCUGACUAUUCUUACGGGACUUUCAACCGGAAUCUCCUCAAUUCGCGCGGCUGGAAGGCGAGGUUCGCUGCAGCAACGGCUGUCGCAGAGAAUGGUGGUUGUGACGCAGAGAGUCGCAGGGAUCAACGCGAACGUCUCGUCGCUCGCCGGGAAGGUGAACGCGCUCCUGCUGCAGGUCACCCUGAACGGGGUCGGAGCCCUCAACGGAACCCUAAACGACGUGGCGAUCGCAUUGAACGAAACGGUUACCGGAGCCCUCAGCAGCCUUCUAGAAAGUAGCGGCCUCAACGGAGUGAUGAACGGCGCUCUCAGCGGGUUGUUUGAUGGCAGCAGCAGCCUGUCGGAUUUUGUGCCUCAGCAGGCUGGUAUGCUGCGCGGGGUGCUUCUGUCGUGCAACGGACAGUUCUCUAUUCAGGCCGGCGCUGCCAACAUCGAAAUCCUCAAGAUUGGCUCAGACUACCUAGUCGCCUACUACCUAUACGCGUCAGGCAUCGCCCAAGCCCCUAACGAGCAGGUCGUCUUCAAGGGAAAUGCGUGCAGCAGCAGUGAUUCCACUGCCAUCUUCAACCUCCCUGGCACGUGGCAGCUCAUGAGCGCUGCUUCCUGGUCCCUGGCCAAUGCUGUGAGGGUGCCUGCUGCUGACGUGGAGUACCUGGUGGGAUCUCUCCAGGCUGCUACAAAUAGCAAUCUUUAUCUAGGAUUUUCUGCCGAGUCAUCUGUUGCUCGCGUGAUGGAUAAUCGGCCGUUGGACUCUUCUGCGCAAGGUGAAGCAUGUGCGCGCGCGGAGCCCGCGCAUGAAAGCGCAGGUGUCGCCCAGGGUGCGCGGAAGGCCUCCGCGACCGCGGCAGCGGUGGGCGGGGAUGGCGGAGGGUGCAGCGGAACGACUAUGGAUUGCCUCGACGACGCGUGUCUGCUGCUCGUCUUCUCCUUCCUAGCACCGCUCCCAGAUCGGUUCCACGCGGGCCGCGUUUGUCGCAGAUGGCAGCAUCUAGCCGCCGAUCGCCGCAUGUGGAUCCACGUGGACCCGCUCCGCUUUUCCCGCCGAUUCUCCGCGCCACGUCACCACCUCCGCCGCUCGCUUGACUCCGCCCUGUCCCCGCUUCCGCUCCGCGCAAGCCUCCCUUCCGCCUUCCCCGCGCUUCCGUCCCCGCGCGCGGUGCCCCCCGCCCACGCGCAACCCCUCCCGCCGCCUCUCCGUGGAGAGGCGGACGACGAGGUGGACGACAUGCUGCCACGUGUCUUCCCGUCGUUGGCGCUUGCGGUCAGAGCUGCUCGUCCGGGCGACACGAUUCUGCUGGCAGCAGGUGCCGUGCAUGCGGUGGAGAGUGUGGUCGUGGACAAGCCGCUGUGCCUGAGGGGAGCGGGUAUGACAUGUGCGGACACAGUUCUGGAGAGCCCCAAAUGGGCCGAGAGUGCCCUAGACUUCUCAGCAUCAGCGCUGGUAAUCAACGUAACGGUGCGGUCGGGUUACGGGCACUGCCUGCUGCACCGGCAGGGGCGGCUGGUGGUGGAGCGGUGUGCCAUCGAGUGCGCUGCACACCCUCUCGCCCACCUCUUCUUCCCCAUCCUCUCCUCCGCGACUUGCCACCCCGGCUCCCACACCCACGUGCUUGCACAUAAAGAGUUGCAACAGCAGCAGCAGUUUCACAAGGAAGGGGACAGGUUGGGUGAGGGAGGAGUGGAAGGAGGGAUGGGUGUCGCAGGGGCUAAUAGGAAGAGGCGGAGGGUUGGAGGGGAGUGCGAUGGGGAGAAUGGCGGGGUGUGCGGAGGGGAGAGGGUGGUAUGGGAUAUGCAGAGCUGUGGGGCAGGGCGUGAAGGAGAUUCUGGCCAUGCUGGGUGUGCAACACCGGCAGCUGAGACUUGUGGGGGAGUGAGGAGUAAGAGCGAAAAGGCGGCAGGGGUGAGGGUAGUGGAGACGAGUAUUGUGGGAGGAGGCAGUGCGGUGCACACAUGCGGAGGGAUGGCUCUUAAAGAGGUUCGGGUGCUCUAUGCCCGUGCAUCCCUUGUCUUCUGUUCAUGUUUCGCAAAAAACCUGCGAAGCAUUGCAGCAGCACAGCGGGCCAGCCACCGUCGCUCCCCCUCUCCUCAUUUCGCCUCGCCUCCAUCCUGCCUUCUCACUUCGAACGAUCACAUCCCCUUGACGAGGAAAAGCGCUUUCCGCUCCCGUUUACAACAAUCGGCGCGCCUCGUUUGGACUCUCGCACGGGUUGCUGCUGUCAGACGUUUCCCGUGUCGCCUCGCCUUUUUCUCUCUCCUCCCGCGUCGCGAGAUCAUGCUGUUCUUCUCGUAUUUCAAGGAGCUGAUCGGCAAGGAGGUGACGGUGGAGCUGAAGAACGACCUGGCCAUCAGCGGCACACUGCACUCCGUGGACCAGUACCUCAACAUCAAGCUGCAUAACUCACGGGUCGUCAAUGACGCGAAAUACCCCCACAUGCUGUCAGUGAAGAACUGUUUCAUCCGAGGCUCAGUGGUGCGCUAUGUGCUGCUGCCACCAGACGGCGUAGACGUGGACAUUCUACACGACGCCACACGCAGGGAGGCACCCCAUUGCAACACGGCCACCAGAGUGGUGGAGCCAUUCAUUCUCAGCAUAGCAGCAGUUCUGGUACCUCCUGCAGACCUUCAACUUCACAAAAGCUGGCAUCAACGUGAACGAGUCAGCGACUACUACUAUUCUAUGGAGCCUCCAGCAGCUCACCACAGCGCGCGCAAUACGCCCAUCCACAAAUUACCAGACGAGCUUCUCUGCAAAAUCCUCUCGCGCGCUGCGACUUGCGCCGCUACAGAGCCCGGCAGCGCUGACGGCGCAAACGAUGGCAGCGGCAACGGCGGCGGCAGCGGCAGCGGCGGCGGCAGCGAGCCCACUGUCAGCAAUUUUAGUGACCUCGCAGUCACGUGCAAACGAUGGCUAAGAAGCAUGACUACCCUUCGCGUCAAUCACGGCUACACGCCAACUUCAGGAGAAGAAGGCCAGCUUUGCGCGUCCGUGCUUUCUGUGCCUGCGCUCUUCCGCAUCCUGUCCCUCGCUCCAAAUGUCACUUCCGUUUCUCUCGCCAAACGCGCCCUCGAUUUCUACGACGACGCAUUCCUUACCUCCCUACUCUCCGCCUCCUCGCGACUCGUCCGACUGAGCCUGCACGAGCCGCGCUUUACGGCAGAACCUCAUUUCACAAUUGGUCGUAAGCCUCUGGAAGAGUUUUUUCGCUUGGCGGCGACGCGGUUACAGGAACUGUCUCUCUCGCACUGUCUCGGCCAAAUGACGAAGCUUCCAAGUUCCGUCGCCUCCUUGUCCUCGCUGCGCGUGCUCCGGCUACACUCCAAGAUUUUUCGCACGCUGCCCGACGGGAUAUGCCAGCUAACUGCGCUCCAGGAGCUCCAAUUAAGCUGCCCGUUACUGUCGCAGCUGCCCGAAGCUUUUGGGAAGCUGAGAUCGUUGGCGCAGCUCUCGUUCUCGGAGUGCUCGGAACUGCGGCUGUUGCCCGAGUCGUUCGGCGACCUUUCAGCGCUCACCUCCCUCCAGAUCAACGGCUCCUGGCAAAUGUAUCGCUUCCCAACGCGUAUGGGCGCGCUUCAGAAUAUGCGACGACUGGAGCUGCGAAAAAUCGGCUGCCGAUUAAUAGACGCGUGCGCAGAAUGGACGAAUCUGGAGGAAAUUAACCUGGAGUCGUGUGGCCGCAUAGGCAGUUUCCCAGCCUCACUCAUGGAGUCGCUAACGGCUCUCACUAUCCGUGACUACUGGAACUUCAAACUUCCUCGAUUCGAUGACAUCUUUGCGUCGAAGCUGCGCCACGUCACCAUCGACUCGUUGAGAUCGUGCGGGUCGCUCGAAUCGCUCAGCCAUCUGACAUCGCUCGAGCGGCUCGACGUGAUGCUGGUAAACGAUGAGGAGCCGUUCCCCGUGGGAUUGUUCGCUCUGCCGUCGCUGACUUUCGUGAAGCUGGGUUACGUCAAGUGGAUGGAGGGACCCGACGUGGGGCACCUCUGGACACCCAACGAUCCACGAUCUCCCACCGCAAUCUACACGAGGCCGAAGAAAUUGCUGCUCCGAGACGGAUGCGACAUACCCGCCCCUGGGCCGUUCCCUGCGUCAUCUCGAUAUUAG